AUGUCCGACUUUGAGCUUGUAGAGAUGGCCAUAACAUGUGACUGUCCAAUGUCACAGCCGGGCCCUACGCUAGCGGCUACUUGUGGUGGGGGCGCCUUUAUGCUGUUUAUGGGCCUCCUGGAAGUGUUUCUGAGGAGCCAGUGUGAUCUAGAGGACCCGUGUGGAAGAACAAAGUAUCGUCGUCAUAUGGAUUCAGUAUAUGACUUCAUCGUGGUGGGAGGCGGUUCCGCUGGUUCAGUGGUUGCUGCAAGACUUUCUGAAGUGCCCGAAUGGAGAGUCCUACUUCUGGAGGCUGGUUUUGACGAGCCUACAGGCACCCAGGUGCCGUCAAUGUUCCUCAAUUUUAUUGGUUCGAGUAUCGAUUGGGGAUACCAUACGGAACCAGAACCAGCAGCCUGCCUCGGGGAAAAGGAUCGCAAGUGUUAUUGGCCGAGAGGCAAGGUUUUAGGUGGAACAUCAGUUAUGAAUGGCAUGAUGUACAUUCGUGGAUCGAAAUACGAUUACGACGAAUGGGCAGCAGCUGGUAACGAAGGUUGGUCCUACGACGAAGUGCUCCCGUACUUCAUAAAAUCGGAAGACAACAAGCAGGUGGAGGAAAUGGACAGUGGAUAUCACGGAACAGGCGGACCGCUUACUGUAUCACAGUUCCCCUACCACCCACCGCUUAGUCAUAGUUUGCUAAAGGCAGGAGAGGAACUAGGAUAUCAAGUGCGAGACUUGAAUGGUGAAGUCCACACAGGGUUUUCCAUAGCACAGACCACUAACCGUAAUGGGUCCCGUUUGAGCGUGGCACGGGCGUUCCUGAGACCUGCCCGUAAUCGCCCUAACCUGCACGUGAUGCUGAAUGCUACCGUGACCAAGGUUCUCAUCAACCAAAAGACGCGGCAAGCAUAUGGAGUUGAAGUUCGAAAUAGUUUCGGAGGAACAGAGGUCAUCUUCGCUAACAACGAAAUCGUACUAAGUGGUGGAGCAGUAGCAUCACCCCAAAUCCUUCAACUGAGUGGUGUAGGUGAUCCAGACGUUUUAGCUCGCGCCGGUGUGCCGCUUGUACACAAAUUACCAGGUGUUGGAAGAAACCUACACAACCAUGUGACACAUUUUCUAAACUUCUACGUCAAGGACAAUAACACAGCGCCUCUUAACUGGGCUACUGCUAUGGAAUACUUGCUCUUUAGAGACGGCCUCAUGUCUGGUACAGGUAUAUCUGAGGUAACAGCUUUCAUAAACACGAAGUACGCAAACCCGGAAGAAGACAAUCCUGACAUCCAAAUGUUCUUCGGCGGUUUUCUGGCAGACUGUGCUAAGACUGGUAUGGUUGGAGAAAUGAAAGGAGAAGGUUCAAGGAGCAUACAGAUGUUCCCUGCUGUGCUGCGCCCUAAGAGCAGAGGGAGGAUUGAAAUUGCCAGCCCUGACCCGUUUGAAAAUCCUAAGAUAUAUGUCAACUAUCUUACACAUCCAGACGAUGUGAAAACCUUAAUCGAAGGUAUUAAGUUUGCAAUUAAACUAUCUGAAACAAAAACUUUGAAGCGGUACGGUAUGAAGUUCGACAAGACUCCAGUUAAAGGAUGCGAGGGUUACCAGUUUGGUUGUGAUGCAUACUGGGAAUGCGCAGUGCGAAUGCAGACUGGGCCAGAAAACCAUCAGGCUGGGUCUUGUCGUAUGGGACCAAGAGGGGAUCCUCUCGCUUGCGUCGAUAAUCUUUUGCAGGUACAAGGAAUCGAUCGGCUCCGCGUUGCUGAUGCCAGCGUGAUGCCGCGAGCUCCGUCUGGAAACACAAACGCCCCGACAGUCAUGAUCGGGGAGCGCGCUGCUGAUUUUAUUAAGAGGAGAUGGCUAGGGUCACAAAAUGUACGUAUUUAUUUUGUUAAAUUAUAG